GUAUAUUUGUAACACCAUUCUUUGUGCUGUUUCCACUUCGUUCUCAUAAUUUUAUUAAAUUGUCUAAAAAAAUCGCCUUCUGCACCGAAUUUGUGGUUUUUUUGUUUGACAAUGGAUGCAAGUGCCGAUGUUAUUAAAUUAGACAGUGAUAAUGAGGACCUCGACGAAAAUAUUGGAAAUAAUUCCACAGUUGACUUGACAUCUGAUGGUAGCAUCAUUGAAAUCGCUGACAUAAAGUUGCCGGCUACUGGCGCGGAUAUAGUCGCAAAUGCUGACGAAGAUAUCGAGGAAGGUGAAGUAGAGGAAGCACUGGAAGCUGCGGAAAUAUCUGAACCUCCAAACAAUAAUCAAAAAUUAGCAUUUGAAAUCAAAUUUUCUAGCCUAUGUGUGUUUAAAGAAUAUGGGCAUAGUAUUUUGGACUCGCUAGAUAAAGCGCUAAAUGUUUGCACUGACGAAGUUGAACCCAAAUCGGUGUUUGAGUUUAGCAUUUUGAAUGCUGCCGAAAAUGCAGAAAGCAGUGCAAGCCCUUCCAUACAAGCGUACAUUGUUAAAAAAAAUGAGCACAAUAUCUCCGUUGUAGAGUUAAGCGAUUGCGAGGAAGCAGUUGUAGAACCUCAGGUUCUACCAGAGAUCGAACCAAAACCGGGCGAACGUGAAGAAUCACCAGAUUUAGAUUUGGGUUCACUCUUCACAAUUGAUACUUCGGGUUCGAACAAACUAGAAACCCAAAGUGUGCCGUCAUACAAGCGUAGAAUAAAGGAUGUUUUAAAUGAGGAAUCUUCAGCGUGUAAACGACGUAAACUGGAGGAGGAAGAGAAUGAAUGUCCUAGAGUUCGCAGUACGGUGGCUUGCUUCAAUUGUGGUGUGGGUGGACACUCAAUUCGCGAAUGUCCAAAACCAAGAAAUCAUGCAAGAAUCAAUCGCGCAAAAUUGGCGCGAAAACAAGAACGUUAUCACAUCGAUAUCGAACAAAGAUUUGGGCAUUUACGGCCUGGCCUGAUAAGUGAUAAGUUACAAGCGGCACUAGGCUUGAAGCGCGGCGAGCUGCCAUUCUUUUUCUAUCGCAUGAGAAAACUUGGUUAUCCUCCUGGUUGGCUAGAAGAGGCAAAAUUUGUGCACUCAGGCAUAUCACUAUUCAAUUCUGAUGGAGAUACAGUAAUGGCACCGGAAGAAGACAAUUCCCAAGAAAGUGAUGAACAAAAAUAUGACAUCUCCAAAAUAGUUGACUUUCCCGGCUAUAACGUAGAUCCGGGCCCGAACUUUUAUGAUGAUUACAAGCAUCAUAAUGUGCCACCAUUGAGCCGAAAUCAGUUAAAAGAAGAGUUCAUAAAGCAAUUAGGAACCAAUGUUAUAAAGGGCUAUAAGCACAAGAAGCUCAAAAGCUUACCCUUACCAUCCAAUGCAGUGGAAAAUAAGAGUAGUAUAUUAGACACAGCAGACAUGGAAAUUGACGAUGAAGUCGCUGUGGAAGGAAAUGUUAUAUUUACCCGUCCACCACCACCACCGGAGCCAGCAAAUGUUAAGCCGCCUCCACCGCCGCCAACUGAAGAGGAACCCGAUGAAGAUUCAGCUGAUAAUACUCUGAACUCAAGCGAACGAAGUAUUUCGCCGUCCUUAGAUGAUUUAGAAGCACGCAAGCAAAAGCUUUUAGCCGAAUUAGGAGUAGGACUAAGUGACGUUGAAACUGCUGAAGACUCAACACAAAGUGCUAGCAACGACGAGGCAUUCGCUCUACUUGAAACCAGCAUCAGUGAAAAGGAAGCUGCCCAGAUAACAAAACUGCCAAACAACGAGGAAUCAACAGGUCAAAGUGAGCCGACAACACCCACUACAAAUGUGCCGACGAUACGUGAUGUCAUUAAGGAAUCACACAUGGGUACACCUGUGUUGCAAUUUUCGCCAUACGACAAGUUACCAGCUGGUGAAAAUUUCAAAGUUGGCGUUAGCGAUGUUAUAAAUUUUGAAAACUUACCUGAUUCUACAGGCAAAUAUGAGCAAAUGAAAGAGGUCAUUAAGAAGGUGCGCAACAUCGUUACCAAAUUGCAUAAUGACAAUGAUGACGAUUGAUAAAUAUGCUUUAUGUAUAUUUUUGAUAUUUUAUGAUUUGAGGAUGAUGCAUGGAUGUAUGAGUGUGUGUUUGUGGGUAAACUUAACCAUUAAGUAUAACUAUAAUUGAGUAAAACGGAUAUUACUUAAUGAAA